AAGCUCUCGAAUCAAUACGAGGAUGACUACCUGGUUCAAUCCACGAUGAUUUCGUUUAACACAGUGGUUCGAAGCACGGCGGUGCGUCCUCAAACAACGUCGAUUGUCCGACACAUUCAGGAACCAUUUGUGAGAGUACGUAGCCGGACAUCUCGACUACAGACACGAAAACUACACCAGAAGCGACGUGCCACUACCUCGUCCGUUCACGCAUUCAACGGCAAAUUCGAUGUAAUUGAUCACCAAUAUGACGCCGUCAUUAUCGGCGCUGGUGGCGCUGGUUUGCGGGCAGCCGUCGGUCUGGCCGAGUCUGGCCUCGAGACUGCUGUCGUGACCAAAUUGUUCCCUACGCGGUCUCAUACCGUUGCUGCCCAAGGAGGCAUCAAUGCCGCUUUGGCAAAUAUGCACGACGAUGAUUGGCGGUGGCACAUGUACGACACGGUGAAGGGGUCAGACUGGCUAGGCGACCAGGAUGCAAUCCAUUACAUGUGCCGCGAAGCACCACGGGCUGUUAGGGAGCUCGAAGAGUACGGCAUGCCCUUUUCCCGCACUCAAGAAGGAACUAUCUAUCAGCGGCCGCUGGGUGGCCAGUCUCUGGAGUAUGGAACUGGUGGUCAAGCGCACAGAACUGCUUGCGUAGCCGAUAGGACGGGCCACUCCAUGUUGCAUACCUUGUACGGGCAGGCCUUGAAGCAUGAUUGCCAGUUCCAUAUAGAGUGGUUCGCUUUGGAUCUGAUCAUGGACGGGAAGGACUGUAUAGGUCUCACGGCGUUGGAUAUGGAGACGGGAACCUUGCACAGAAUUUUUGCUCGAAACACAAUCCUAGCGACAGGAGGUUACGGGCGCGCUUACUUCAGCGCAACCAGCGCUCAUACUAGCACUGGAGACGGACUUGCCAUGGCAAGUAGGGCCGGGCUUCCUCUCCAAGAUAUGGAGUUCGUGCAAUUCCACCCAAGCGGCAUAUACGGUGCGGGAGUCCUGAUUUCAGAAGGCGCCCGGGGAGAAGGUGGAUAUCUACUGAACAGCCAGGGGGAACGUUUCAUGGAACGUUAUGCUCCGACCGCACGAGAUCUCGCCUCGAGAGAUGUAGUGAGUCGGAGUAUGAAUAUGGAGAUCCGUGAAGGACGAGGCUGCGGUCCGGAUAAAGACCACAUCUACCUCCAGUUGUCUCAUCUCCCCAGAGACAUUCUCAUGGAGCGAUUACCUGGGAUUGCAGAAACUGCAAGCAUCUUCUCGGGUGUGGACAUCACAAAGGAGCCAAUCCCAGUUAUUCCGACGGUCCAUUACUGCAUGGGCGGUGUACCUACCAACUGGAAAGGCCAGGUAUUGAAUGUCGACCCCGGAACCGGCAAGGAGACAAUUGUCAAUGGCUUGUAUGCCGCUGGAGAGGUCGCAUGCGUUUCCGUCCAUGGUGCUAAUCGCUUGGGUGCCAAUUCACUGCUUGACAUUGUCGUAUUUGGCAGGGCAGCCGCUGCCCACAUCGCCGAGAACAACGACAAAGGGAUGCCUGUUUUCAGGAAUGGCGGAUCGAUUACACCCGAAACUGGAAUCGAGGGCUUCGUCGACCUUGAACGCUUCAGAACAGCUGACGGAACUAAGCUGACCGCCGACCUCCGACUGGACAUGCAAAAAGCCAUGCAGACGGAUGUUGCUGUUUUCAGGGAUGAAGAGAGUCUGUCAAGUGGGCUUCAAAGACUACAGCAGGUCGAGGCAGCUUUCAACAGAGAUGUCUGCGUCAAGGACAAAUCUCUAAUCUGGAAUUCAGACCUUGUGGAAACACUUGAAAUGCGGAAUCUCUUGACAUGCGCAUCUCAGACAGCGAAGAGUGCCUUGGAUAGGAAGGAAUCGCGGGGUUCCCAUGCCAGAGAGGAUUAUCCAGAGCGUAUGGAUGAAGAGUUCAUGAAGCACAGCCUGAGCUGGCAAAAAGACGUCGGAGAAGAGGUCUUGAUGGGUUAUCGCGAUGUGGUGUUCCAGACUCUGGAUCCGGAUGAAUGCAAGACGGUGCCGGCAAAGAAAAGAACAUAUUAGUCCAGGUCUUGAAAGUCA